AUGCGUACCUCUAUCGCCACCCUCGCUGCUAUCAGCGGCCUCUCCUCUCUGGCCUCUGCAGUCGGCAACGCAGUCGUCCUCAACAACUGCCCAUUUCCCGUUUACGCGUGGUCUGUUGACUCCACUGUCAGUCAAGAAUACACCAUCAAUCAAGGACAAACAUACUCGGAAGUACUCCAUGGCGAUUCCACAACUGGCGGUGUGGCAAUUAAAAUCACUACCGUUGAGGGUGGACUCUACAACUCUUCUCCCGAGACCAUCUAUGCCUACUCCUUGACAAACGGCGAGGUCUGGUACGACCUGUCCGACGUUUUCGGCGACCCUUUCUCCGGCAGUCCGCUCACAGUGACAGCCUCGGAUGCUUCUUGUGGCUCAAUCAGCUGGCCCGAUGGAGUGUCGCCCACUGGCAGUCAAGUUAAUGUGUGCGAAGAUACCGCUGAUAUCACUUUGACCCUGUGUUAA